AUCCCUGUCCUCACCCUACACAAUCACUACCUGCGCGAAGGCUCCAGAUUAUAUACCACAGCAUCGACUUCAAAUUGUCAUGUCUUCACGGGAACCAAUGUGGUACUGCCACGAAUGUCGAGCAGAAAUGAGGCCCCUUAUGGUCCCAGAUCCCCAUUGUGCUUCAUGCAAUGGUACAUUCGUCGAGAAGAUUGAAGGAGAGGCAGAUGACCCUCGCGUUUUUGCUGACUCUGGUCCUUCUGGAAUAGAGAAUCUCUUCGGGAGCCUUGCUCAGCUCAUAGGUGGUGGCCGAGCUUCGCGAACACAAUCUACGCCUAGAUUAAACCCAACAGUACCUCUUGCUGCCCAAGCUGACGGCGGCAGAUCCUUUACCACAACUAGCCUUACUGGCACACGAACCUUUGUAUUCGGUGGUCCAUCAACUCUUGAAGGCGGGGGCCGCACAUUGAGAGUCAACCGACGUGAUUCCGACGACAACACGCCGUCGAUUGCUGGCCCUCUGAUGGCUCAAUAUUUGAUGACUCUGCUAGCAUCGAGAGGAAUGGCUGGACAAGCUGAUCUAUUCGGCCCCGCCGGUCUCAAUUUCAUGAUGGGUGGAGGCGUAGGCGCAGAGAAUGGGCGAUGGGGAGACUAUGUAUUCAACCAGGAGGCUUUGGAUGAAAUCAUCUCACAGAUUAUGGAGAACUCCAAUUCAUCCCAUCCCGUUCCUGCUACCGAGGAAGUUAUGGAGAAACUGGACCGCUCAGUCCUCGAAGAGGGAUCCCCACUCUUAGAACGUGACUGUGCUGUGUGUAAAGAUCAAUUCUCACUCACUACUGAGGAUCCCGAGGAGCAGGUCGUCGUCACCCUACCUUGUCAUCACCCGUUCCAUGAAGGAUGUAUCACUCCCUGGCUCAAAUCCAGCGCCACGUGUCCCGUCUGCCGACAUCAGCUUGUACCACAACCAGAGCAUCAUUCGAAUGGCCCUCGUCCGCCUAAUGAUGGUCCUGGGUCGCCCCAUGGACGCACCGGUUCCGGAAGUUCUCCCGCUAACGGCAGUGCUGGUGGUAGUGGCGCCGGUGGUGGAGGUGUCUUAAGCAGCUUUUUCAAUAUGGUCAGCGGUGGUAGCACUGGGAACAGCAGCGGUAGCGGCUCUUCGCAUCCAUCCUCCUCGCACUCCAACGAGCAACCGAGAGAUCCUCCUGGAGGGUGGCGAGACUGAGUUUGAGAGUAUUGUCGAGUAACUGCAGACAGGAAUAUCUAAAGGGAAGUCAUGGGAGCAGUUGCUCGGUAUUCUGUAGCUUCUUUCCGUUGGAUGUAUAAUCUGGUAUGAAUUGGAGGUCAGUACUCUAUCUUUCACGUAGACUGGGCAUGCCCCCCUCGAUUUUUUUCUUCAUCUCCGUUGCAAUAUUUUCUUUUGAGGCAUAAUUCUCUUCUGUUCUUUGUUGUACUAGCUUUCGAUCUUAACAUUAUUUGACGAGGAAGGACAUUCGUUCGACUUGCAGGCCCUCUUGAGUUCGUGAUGCAAGACAGUAUAAUUCAUAGCUUUCGAUGUAUAACGUGAAGCCUCGACAUGAUAUACACGAGAUCCACUACUGCCCC